ACUCAAUGCCAGUUGCCAGAGCUUUUUAAGAGUCCCAGAGCACGCACACAGUACAGAGGUCUCAUAACUCAUACGGAGCGGGAGCGCGGGUUCUUCCUCCACCAAAGGGCGUGCGGCCGAGCGAGAGAGAGGGUUUUAGUGAUGGAAGGUUGGGAUCCGAACACGAAAUCGACACUGACGCAGAUCCCUCUGUUGACGACGAAGGCGGGUCCAAGGGAUGGAGCGGCCUGGACGCAGAGGCUGAAGGAGGAGUACAAGGCGCUGAUUGCGUACACGGGGAUGAACAAAUCCAACGACAACGACUGGUUCAGGAUAUCUGCUGCGAACCCUGAGGGGACGAGGUGGACUGGCAAGUGCUGGUACAUCCACAACCUCCUCAAAUACGAAUUCGAUCUCCAAUUCGACAUUCCCGUCACAUACCCUUCCACCGCUCCGGAGAUCGAGCUCCCCCAGCUCGAUGGAAAGACACAUAAGAUGUAUAGAGGUGGGAAAAUCUGCUUGACCGUGCACUUCAAGCCACUGUGGGCCAAAAACUGUCCUAGAUUUGGUAUUGCGCACGCUCUAUGUUUGGGUCUUGCACCAUGGCUUGCUGCAGAGGUGCCCAUCCUUGUCGACUCUGGAAUGAUCAAGCACAAAGAUGAUGCAGCUGUGUCUAGUGAAUCUUAGUCUGUAUUUUAUUGUUGAGACCUCAAAAUACAAUGACUAAUUCAAAGAUCUCCAAGCUUCAGGAAAAUAAUAAGUGUUCAGGUUGAUUUAUCAGUAAUAUCCCUUCAAAUGUACACUAUUUGGCAUUCAAGUACAGUUAGAUACGAGAUUAUGGCCAGUAAAUAUUUUUCUGUUGGAAAAUUUCAUUCUU